UUCUCCACGCUCCUUCAUGCAGCUCUCAGAUCCAUCACUCCUUUAUGAUGAAGAAUGACAGAAAAGUGCAUUUUUCAUUCUUUCUGACUCUGGUGCGAGUGUGUUUUGUGCAAGCUGACUACGCCCCAUAUUUCUUUGAUUAUGGCGUGAGCAGUGGCAAUGGAAAUAUGGCUCUGUUCAGCCUCUCUGAGGACACUCCAGUGGGAACUCAGAUAUAUAUUCUGAACGGAACAGAUCCAGAAGGCCAGCCUGUGAGAUACGGGCUGACUUUUGAACCCGGAUCUAAGGAAUAUUUCAAAGUGGAUCAUACAUCUGGGAUUGUCAGUGUUAUUGAAGAACUGGACAGAGAAACACAAGAUGAAAUUGAAGUUCUCAUCAGUAUUUCAGAUGGCCCUAAUAAAGUGGUUGAAAAAGUGAGAGUGUUCGUGACAGAUGCCAACGAUGAACGGCCCACGUUUAGAAACCUGCCUUUCAUUGUGGAUGUCCCAGAGGACACUCCCCUUGGGAGCAGUGUUUAUAAAGUGGAGGCAGUGGACAGAGACACUGGAGCCGGCGGAAGUGUCAACUACUUCCUCCAGAAUUCCCACCAGACCCAGUUUGCCAUCGACCGGCACAGUGGGGUCCUCCGGAUCGGACCACACGACACUCUCGAUUACGAGAAGUCACGGACACACUUCAUCACAGUGGUCGCAAAGGAUGGUGGUGGAACAUACAAAGGGAAGGAACAGGUGAUGACAUCAUCGGCCACUGUGACAAUCAAUGUGAUUGACGCCCAGGACACACCUCCCAUCUUUGUUGGCGCACCAUAUUUCGGAUACGUUUAUGAGGUUUCAGUGCCAGGUUCUGAAAUCUACACUGUUUUUGCAAAAGAUGGAGACCAAGGCAACCCUAAUCCAAUCCGAUAUUCAAUAGUGAACGGGGCUGAUGGUGUUUUCUCCAUCAAUGAAACCAGUGGAUGCAUUAGGCUUCUUGCAUAUCCAGCUCAUCUUAAAAAAGAAAGAUAUGAAGUUAAAGUCAAGGCUACAGAGCUGGGUGCAGAAGGCCAGAAAAAGGAUUUUUCCACCACAGUUGUGACGGUCCGUGUAGUGGACCUGAACAACCACCCACCUACCUUUUAUGGGGAGAGCGGCCCACAGAGCAAGUUUGAGCUGACCAUGUACGAGCACCCCCCUGAGGGGGAGAUUCUACGUGGCCUAAAGAUCACUGUCAAUGACUCUGAUCAGGGUGUUAAUGCUAAGUUUAACCUAAGGCUGGUGGGCCCAGGGACCGUGCUACGGGUGAUCCCCCAGACUGUCCUCAAUCAGGCCCAAGUCACCAUCAUAGUAGAAGAUUCUGCAGCCAUUGACUACGAGAAAUUCCACUUCCUUACCUUCAAGCUCCUUGCUGUGGAGAUUGACACACCGGAAAGAUUCAGUGCCACGGCUGACAUCAUCAUCCACCUCCUGGAUACCAAUGACAACAGUCCCAAGUUCUCCUCUGACUAUUACAUCGCCAGGAUCCCCGAGAACUCCCCUGGAGGGUCCAACGUCAUCUCCGUCAUGGCAACAGAUCCUGAUUCUGGCCGUUGGGGUGAAGUGAAGUACUCCAUUUAUGGCUCUGGUGCUGAUCUGUUCCUCAUUCACUCCACAUCGGGCAUCAUUUACACACAGCCGUGGGCCAGCCUGGAUGCAGAGGCCAAGUCCAAGUACAGCUUCUAUGUGAAGGCAGAGGACACGGAGGGGAAGUACAGCCUGGCCGAAGUGUUCGUCACCGUGCUGGACCUUAAUGACCAUCCACCCGAGUUCAACCAGGACUUCCUGGAGAAGACCAUGGUGAUCGGAGCCCCAGUCAAGAUUGAGGCAGUGGAUGAUGAUGCGGAGGAGCCCAAUAAUGUCAUUGAGUACUCGAUCAUGAAAGCAGACCCGGAUAACGUGUUCGACAUCAACGCGGACACCGGCGAGAUCAAACUGAAGCCCUACAUCAAGUCCCUGGAAAUCGUGCAGAACAUCACGAAGCAGAAGGACUGCACCUGGUCCCUGGUGGUGCAGGCACGGGACAGAGGGUCCCCCUCCUUCAGCACCACAACCGUGGUGAAGAUCGACAUCACAGAGGCUACUCAGCUCAAGGAGCCGAUGGCGGCCUUUUUAAUGCAAAGUAGGGAAAAUCCCAUCAAAGUCCUAGGCAUGAUCGCUGGUGUCAUUAGUGUCAUAGUAGUCAUGACGAUCGUGAUCUCUACGGUAAUGUUCAUGCGGAACAAAAAGUCCAACAGGAUUCUUCCGGCUCGGCGAAUCAUCAGGAAGAGACAGAGGGACCGCAGGCCGCUGACUUUCAGACUGCCUUUCCGUCGCCCUGACAACUCCGCCGACAAGUUUGUAGUGGCGGACCCUGAAAAGGAGUUAGAGAACGUCAACCACAACAACAAUAUCAGCAUCAACAUUUGCCGGCCCCCACCACCACCGCCCCCCUGUGCGCCAGCUAUGCCCCUCCCACCACAGUACCACCCCUGGCCCAGCCAGGGGCGCUGGCCAGGCCCCACCCACUCUGGAAGUGUGGCAUCCAGAGCAACCAGGAAGCCCGUCAGGACCAGAGAGAGCAGCCUAAACUCUGCUCUUGUGUCAGAGCUUAAGAUGAGACUGGAAAAGAAAAUGAUAGAGCGCAAAAUGCAAAUGGCAGUCGAUGAUAACUAG